CAAUCAUCAGGGCAUCUCCAAAUUUAAGACAUCUAGAGAUUGGUAGUAAUGAUAUUGGCGAUAAGGUUACUGAAGCGCUGGCUCAUACAUGUCAUAAAUUAGAAUAUCUCGAUCUAAAAAAUUUUGAUGAAGAUUACUACUGUUUUGAUUCAGAAUCUUCUAGCUCUGAAACCAAAUCAAAGUCCGAAUCAUCUAGUUCUGAGUCAGAGGAUGAAGUUAUCUAUUAUAAUAAUCUUCCUCAUCUGAUAAUUAUGGACUCACCCGAUAGCCCGAAUAAUUUUAUUAGCACAUUUAGUGAUUUUCUUAGACAGAAUGGUGGUGCUAAUAAUAAUUUUAUUUCUGCAUUUCUCAAUCAGGAAUUAGCACAAUGCUUUUUGGCCGAGCAAUGGUACUCUACCGAUCUAACUAAUCCAACACUCUGGAGUGGUGAAUAG